AUGCAGGACCUUGUACUGGAAGUAUAUGGGAGUAAAUUUCAGGUAACCAUUCUCCAGCAGGCGUUUCACUCCUACCCUGCGUGUGAUUACUUUAAGAUGCAUAAGUACAAGUGUUUGAGUAUCUUGAUCACAGGGCUGGUAAAAUUGUGGUCAAACCAAAUGGAAGGCUUAACAGAUGCGGGGUUAUUUGCCUCCAUAUUGAUAUGGGGUUGA